GAUCAGGAUGGCAUGUUGCUCGGGUGUUUGCUCUGGUGUAGGUGGUGCGGGCGGCGUGGUUCGGGUUCGGUUAUGUUUCGACUACCCCCCGCCGUGCCUGGUGCAGUGCAGGAUGAGCUGGGUUCUGCUGGACCUGCGGGAGUGCCGGGUGAUCACGGACGUGGUGAGUGUGAUCAGGGAGAAGUUCCAGUACAGCAGGAGGACCGAGCUGGACCUGUACCUGCAGGACUGUUACCUGCCCCCCGCAGAGAGCGCUCACCUGCUCCGGGACAGCGACACCCUCAGGGUGAAGGUUUGCAGUCCCGUCUCUGAUCACGUGAUGAGGAAGAGGCGGCGUGAGGAGGAGGAUGAACCGCUUCAGGAGCACGGGGCGUCGGGGGAACCCAAAAGCAAGAAGAAACACAAGAAGAAGAAGCAGCAGCUCGUGGUUACAGAGGAACCGUCGUGCUCCAAACCCAGAUCGGAGCAGAAGAAGCUUCCUGAUCCUCCCGUCACUGUGAACGGGAAAUCUAAACGGAGCAGAACCGCGACCUCACCGCAUGAACCGCCUGCAGAGGUCAAACCUUCAUCUGAGGAGGAACCAGCGCCUGUUCCAAAGAGCUCAAAAAUCCAGCCGCAAUCCAGCACCAGUGCAAAAACGGAGCAGGAGCGGCCGGCAGGUUCAUCAUCACACAACAAGGGUCCUUCAACUGCGAAAAAAUCCACAAUCUCCUCAAAACCACUCACAGUUCCACCGAAAUCAGCUUCCACCUCUAAACCAGGGAGGAAAACACAGAAUUCAUCUUCAUCAUCAUCAUCAUCAGAUGAGAACGAAGCUCCAGUGGUGAAAAGAAAAUCAACAAUCACUGUGAAACCAUCAGCACCACAGAACCAGUCCAGAUCAAACCAGCAAACAUCUACAGACUCUUCAUCAUCAUCAUCGGAGGAGGAGGAUUCCAGCAAAUCAUCAACCAAGAACGCUCCAAAAUCCACAGGAGAACCUACCAAAGCUACCACUAAAAACUCCACAGGUUCUCAAGCGCUUAAAAAACCUCAGCCGCCGCCCUCCUCCGACUCCUCCUCAGACGACGAGGUCCCUCCCAAACCUGCAGCAGAACCCCGGUCGUCCUGCCCGGGCCCUCUGGAGAACGGCUCUACCCCCGUCCCUCUCACCCCCGUCAGCAAGAACCUACCAAACCACCAGCAGAACGGCGGCAGCGACUCGGGCAGCAGCGACACAGAGCUGGUGAUAAAGAGGCCGCACCCUCAGGUCACCCCGGCGCAGACCCCCCGCGGGAGGGGCCGAGGGCUCCCGGACAGAGCCAGGAGUCGAGGAGGGGGCCGCGGGGGGUUCGGGAGGGCCCGAGGGACGCCGUGGAAACAAGGCUUUCAUCACACCUACCAGCAUGAGGAGAAACAUCAGAGAGAGACGCUCAGCAACAGGAGUGUACUGCUGCAGAAUCCUCCUGACCCGGUGGUGAGGCGUGAUUAUGAUGCUCUUCCUCUCCUCGCUGCUCCUCCUGCUGUGGGAACCAAAAUCGCCUUCAAGCUGUUGGAGUUGACGGAGAACUACACUCCGCAGGUGUCCGAUUAUAAAGAGGGGAAGGUGGUUGGAUUAAAUCCCAGCACCAGCAUGAUUGAACUGGAGCUGCUGACAAAAUCCCACACUCCUGCUGAACCUGGAAAGUUUGAUCUGGUUUAUCAGAACCCGGACGGAUCAGAACAUGUGGAGUACGCCGUCACACUCGGCUCCCAGCUGACUGAACGUUGGGAGUCUCUGCUGGAGCCCAGACUGAUCCUGGAACAGACGACCUGAUGAGAAUCUUCUUUUACUUUCUCUUUUAUAUAUAAAUCUUAUUUUACUACAGCUGUGUUUUUUUUUUGUGUUUCUAUUUUUUAUAUUUUUAUUUAUCACCUGUGCUUGCUCUGUGGGUGUUCCUAAUAAAGUGCUCAGUGUGUGAAGAUAAAACUACAUUUAACUAAACUGAUAUUAUUGAUUUUGUUUUAUUAUUUUGAUUGUUUUAAUAAUUAAACAUUUCAGUUUAUUUCUGUUUAUUUGAAUCUUUGAAAUGUGAAGCAAUAAAUAAUAAAACCAA